GAUAGCUGGAUUCUGGCAAUCACAUUGACAUAUUCUCUUAUGCGCUAGUUUCUAACUUUCUAUUCAGUGAGUAAAGAUGCCGCGCCGCUUUGAGAGAAUUCAUGAUGUCGUCGAACCUGUCGAACAGUAUCGUGCCAAAGGAUACCAUCCAGUCCACCUCGAGGACACUUUCAACCAAAGGUUUCAGAUUGUUGGAAAGUGGGGAUAUGGUUCGUUCUCUACUGUAUGGCUCGCAAGAGACCAAAGUCUCCAAAAAUACGUUUCCUUAAAGAUACUCACCGCCAGAGCCUCAAAGCAAAACCGAGAGCUAUCUAUCCUACUUAGUUUAUCAGAAUCAAGCUCUGAACAUCCCGGCCGCAAUCAUGUUAUACCAUUGUUGGACCAUUUCGAACAUGAUGGUCCCAAUGGCAAGCAUCUUUGUCUCGUAUUCCCGGUUAUGCUUUCGGACGGCCAAUCGAUGACCUUUAAAUCGAAGCCUCGCCAUGCGGACUAUAUUCGAGCUGUUUCCAAGCAAAUACUUUUGGGAUUGGAUUUCCUCCAUGAGCAGGGUUUAGUCCAUACCGAUCUACAGCCAGCCAACAUUCUAUUCUCAGUAGACUCUAUUCCGCCUAUGGAAGUUCUGACGCCACCGGAAUUCAGUCCUGUUAAGUGGCUCCCUGGAAUUCAAGCGGAUGACAGUGCUCCUCGGUAUUUAAUGGUCACGCAACGACCUUGGGGAACGCUGGAUGAUGCCGAUGUUCCGGCACUCGAGGUCAAGAUUUGUGAUCUUGGCGGAGCCAUUCCGAGCGGCCAGCAGGAUGUUCUUCCGGUGACACCAACUGGUCUAAGAGCUCCUGAGCUUCUUGAAAAGGGCGCUUGGGAUAAUAAAAUCGAUAUAUGGACCCUGGGCUGCUUGAUAUUUCAACUUGUCACGAAUGAGCCGCUAUUUCCCCUGGGAAUGUUUGGCUUGACAGCUGAUAAAGUCAAGCAAGAUCUGAGAUCUCUCAUGAACGAGUUUUUUGCAAAUGGCAGUCAGGGGUUUUCUGUCUAUUUGAGCGAGAGGUUACCUCCAGAUUUUGGCGCCGAAAACCUCACGCAACUGACGUCCUUUCUCUGGUCAAUGUUGCAGCGAGAUCCACAAGACCGAAAGACAACCACUGAGCUUCUCAACGAUUCAUUCUUGACUGAAUGAAGUAGCAAGCAGACAAAUCUUAUUAUUAUGUUACUUCAGUGCCUCUGUCAAUGAAUGUCCUUGACUAUAUCAAAUUGUGAUCUACAUCAAAUUGUAUUUUUGCUGUUUUUAUGACUCCUGGAGUAACGUGCUAUUUCUUGGAUCCGGCUGAAUUUGAGAGCCUCUCUUGUCACAUUAAGAAUCUGCAGCCAAUUUCCAUAGCGGUUGAUGAGUUGAAGGUGCAGUCACUUGUUACCAAUGAUAAUAUCUUGUCCCAUGC